AAGAAGGGGAGCCCCAGCAGCAGCGACGGUAGGCCUAAAAAAGCAGCGAACCCGAAAAUUCUCGGCCCUCGUGGGGGGAAUGCUUCGCAAUGUCCGCCGCUCCGUGUGUGCGCGUCCUCGGCGGUGCACGUCGGCGUCCGACGAGGUGACCGAGCGAUCGCCGGGCCAGCAGCGAUGAGAGCAUCGCCUCCGCGCGAUCAGCGACCACGUCCGUGGAGUGUGGUGCGACGACGAGAGCGGCUCUGCGGCCGCCGCCAUGGAUAGAAUUCCUCCGCUGGAUACGUUCGGAUUUGUGCGUGUUGGUGCAUCGCGGUGCCCGUCGCGGCCGCGCCGAGUGCGCCGUGCUUGAGCGGGACCCCCACCGAAGACCCGGACGGGGGCUGGGGGACCCCCCCUGCUCCGAUGUGUGGCUGAGUUCGCGCCAUCCGUUCUUGCGGACACACGCUCUCCGCUCGAGCCAUCGCAAUCCCCCCCUCCUCCAACCAACGCGCGCGGUCCCGAUCACAUGGCAACAACAUGACUGAUCAAACAUGGAGGUUCCGAUCAGUGAUUCAACGCAGAAACUCUUCACCGUCUUCAGGUGAUUUUGGGAGAAGAUGCCAAGGAAGUUCAAAACACAAGAUGGGAAUCCGUGUGAAGCCAUACGGGGUCUCUGGGAGGGAGCCUACGUGUCGCAGUUUGUACGCCUCUUUCAACGCAAAUUUGGAUUUCAAAGCCUGACAACCCAGGAAUUGGAAGACGCUCUGCUCGAUCCCGAGAGCCUGGUUGUUCCCGACAUCUGUGCCCGCCUUCUCAGGUUCCUCACCAGGCAGGCAACUGUUCUGAUCUCCAAUUUCGAGGACUCGCUGAGCCAACUCCUCCAGGGGAGAGGGGAGGUGACUUUUGCCAGGGGUCCCUGGAGGGACCUUUCUCCAGGAGACAAGCUUUUGACGGUGAAGUGGCUCCUGGACUAUGCUUACGAGGUUGAGGAGGAAGGAUUGUCGGAGUUCUUGGACGACCACUUUGAUGCCGAUGACCUGCGUGGCACCCGUGUAGGCCAGGAUGCUUUCGACAAUGUGUACUGGUACUUGGAAGACCUGCGGUUGUACCGGGAGCUGUGCCCCAAGAAGCCGCAGCGGCGUCGCGAGUGGGACUGCGUGUGCCUGACGGUGUCGGACUGGCAGGGCUUCCUCAAGCAGUUCCGCAAGUCCUCCAACCCCCGGGAGAAGCAGCUGCACACCUUCCUCCGCGCCCACCUCUUCCCCGUCGUCCAGGCCAGGGCGCAGGCCCUGGAGUGCAGCGAGCGCGACCGAGCCACGGAGAACCGCUGGCUGCUGGAGCGCGAGGGUGAGGAGGUGCGCCGCCUGGCGUCGGACAUGAAGUGCAACGGGGCCCCGUCGGUGGACAAGGCGGCCGGGCCCGAGGCCCCGCCCCCCGCCGCCCCCGCCCCAGAAGAGUGCCCCAAGGGGGCCGCCCCCAAGGAAGAGGGGCCGUCCCCGGAGGCCGACCCGGCCACGCCCACGGUCGUCAACGGGGGCAGCCUGCCCCCCGGACGCCCUCCGGCAUUGCCCGACGGGCCGGGUUCGGUGCCAAUGCUAAGCGACAACCCGAACGAGAGUUCGGUCACAAAUAACAAGGAGGCUUCAAUGGCCGUGCAACCCUCCCCCGAACCAAUGGCGCCAGCGCCAACGCUGCCCCCUCAGCCGAUGGGGCAGCAGCAGCAGCAGCAGCAGCAACAGCAGCAGCAACAGCAACAGCUACAACAGCAACAUCUACAACAACAACAUCAGCAUCAGCAGCAUCAGCUACAGCAGCAGCACCAGCACCACCACCAUGCGGGUGGCGCGCUCACGAUGGGCGGCAACAUUGCCAACCCGGGGCCCCACCACCACCUGGAACCGCACGCGGGCUGCAACCCUCUCGGCGGCGGAGGAAACUUGGCGCAGGCCCUGGUCAGCAACGUGGCGCCGCUGGGAGGCGUGGCGCCGCCGAGGGGUCCCCUGCCGCCACAAGGGGGCGCCGGUGGCGGGCUGGAGGCGCAGUACAUGCAGCAGCAGAGCCAGAUCUUUGUGUUCACAACGGGGCUGGCCAAUCAGGCGGCGGAGGCCGUGCUCACGGGACAGUGCCCCAGCAUCAUCGCGUACCACUGCGCCCAGCCGGGGACCAAGCGCUUUCUCGAGAAGCACCCUCUGAAGAUUCAGCAGUUCAACAAGCAGAACCCGGCCGCCUGGCUCAACAGCCUGGCCCAGAUGAAGCAGCGGGGGGCCGGGGGAGUGCCCCCGCCGUCAGCCGCGGGGGCCGCCCUCAAGGGCGUGCCCCCCCAGCCCUUUGGACCCCCCUUCUGCGGCGGGGGACCGCCCCACCACGCCUGCGGGGGAGGACCCCCCCACCCCGGCUGGCAGGGCCACCCCCAGGGCCACCAUCAAGGUCAUCCCCAAGGCCACCCCCAAGGUCACCUGCAGGGGGGCCCUCCCCAGGAGGUGUGGGGCUCGCCGUACGGACCGGGACACCCCGGGGUGCCCAGGGGGGGCCCCCCGUCGGCGGCGAUGGUGGGCCGGGUGCCCCACGGGGGGGGCUGCGGGCCCCCCAACGGGGGAUGCUUCCCUCCUGCGGGGGCCUACCAGGGAGCGCCCAUGGGCUGCGGCGCCGCAGGGAACCCCGCCCAGAUGGGGGCCGCGGUGGGGGCGGGCCGUGCGGGGGUCAAGGUGCCCGACGAGAACCUGACCCCCCAGCAGCGGCAGCACCGGGAGGAGCAGCUGGCCAUGAUCCGCAAGAUGCACCAGCUCCUGUUCCCGGACCAGCACGGGGCCGGGGGCCCGGGACCGGGCGGCGGGGCAAACCCGUCCCAGCCCCAGCAGCCGGGGCCCGGCCGGGCCAGGGCGGGGCCCGACCAGUUCGGGCCCUGCCUCGACCACCAGCACGAGGGGGGCCCACCCCAGCAGCACUUUGCGGGAGGCCCCCCCACGGCGGCCGGCAUGAUGCACCCGGACUGGCAGGCGAUGCACGGCCAAAAGCCCUACCUGGACGACCGACGGCGGAAGGUGGCCCAGACACACGGCAGUGUCGGCGCCUUCCCAAUCUCGGCAGGGUGCAACCCCGAUUUCCCCGGUGCGGGCUCCCCCGUGCCCGCGGGGUACCCACGCCCGGGCUCCUGCCCCAACCCAAACUUCGGCAACAACGGCUCCAAUCCAGCCGGCGGCCCGCCCAAUGCCGGCACGGCGCGCCCGAGCUCGUGCACGGGGGGCUUCAAUUCCCCGGGCUCCUUCUCGAACCCGCCGACCCCGUCGGGCUUUGUCGGCAGUGCACCGGGUGCCAGCCCGGGCGCCGUGUUCAGCCCCGGCCCCGCGUCAGCGGGGGGAGGCUACCCCGGCACGGCGCGGCCUUCCCAGUGCGGUGGGACGCCGCAGCCGAACUUCGGGGGCCCGCACCCCGCGUCGUGCGGUAGUCCCGCGCUGCAGGCCUUCUCGCCGUCCGUGCGGCCGGGAACGAGCCCGACGCAUUCGGCGUAUGGGGGCUCGAGUCCGGGGACGGGCACGCCCGCACUGGGACGUCCCGGCACGCCGGGGCACCCGCAGCCGUCGCGGAGCCCCGCGUCGGGGGCGAGCCCACGGCUCCAGCAGGGACCGCCGCCCCCCUACGGCGCCAGGGGGGCCCUGGCGAGCCCCCACCCGCCCCCCAGCCCCUCCCCGCGCCCGUCGGGGGGGCUCCCGUCGCCGGCGGAGCCGACGCGGCCGUUCCCACACCCCGCGGGGCGCCUGGCGAACCCGAGCCCUGGGGGCAGCGUGCAGACGACCCCCCUGAGCUCGCCCAAGCCGUGCGGGGGCCCCAGCAGCGUGGGCAGGGCCCCGGCCACCCCCACCACCCCCGGGGGCAGCGCGGUGGCCAGCCCUUCCUCCGGGGGCGGCAAGAAGAGGGCGGGCACGCCCCUCGGCCAGGAGGGGGAGUUCGGACCCGGGGUGGGCGGCACGCCCGUCGGCGACCCGGCGUCGGUGUCCCCGGUGUAUGCGUCCCGUGGCCCCCACGGCCAGACGGGGCCCAAGCAGGAGCCGGGCCUGAUGCCCGUGCCCUCACCGCAGCAGAUCCAGUACCUGGGCUCCCUGGAGGGCCAGGAGCUCACUAUCCAGAAGCAGGCCAACAUGGGGGUGCCAGAGGGCAUGCCCAUGGGCCCCCAGGGGGCUCCCAUGGGCGGACCCAUGCACCCGAUGCACCACCACCCCCAGGGGAUGCUCCAGGGCCACCCCUCUGAAAUCCCGCCUCUGGACAUGGGCCCCAGCCUGACGUCGGAGAACUCCCAGGGCUCGUACCAGUCGUCGUGUUCGUCCGGGAUGGAGGGGACGGCGCCCCGCAUGGGGGGGCCUCCGCCGGAGGGGGGGCCCCGCUUCCCGAGCCCCCCCGUCCCCUUCGACGGCCGCUUCGUGGGGGGCAUGGCCCCCCACGAGGCCUUCGGCUACAUGGACCCGCGCUGCCGUCCCGGCGGCGUGGACGCGGACCACUUCCCCCAUCAGGGCGGGGCGUUUGCUGGGGGGCCGCACCACGGCGUGGGGUCCCGGGGGCCGCAGCAGGACUUUGACGCGUUCCCCCCGCGGCCCGGGUUCGCGGGGGGCGGCGAGCUGCCCCCGUCGCCCCACAUCCAGAGCCUGCAGAAGAUGACGCCGCCCUUUGAGCCGGGGGGGAAGGGGGAGGACCCCCUCAAUGGGCCGCACCGCAACAGCCCGGGCUGCCUGACCUCGCUGGACGCCUCCCACAUGGGGCAGGCCCGCCCCUACCCGGUCGCCGUGGGGCCCGCCAGGGGCUCCCCAGGGCCCCGCGCGGUGCGCACCCGGGGGGUACCCGCAUUUGCGGGCAACCCCAACGUGCAGGUGAAGGCGAGUGCGCCGAACACGAUUCAGUACCUGCCCGCGCGGCCGCAGAACCCAGUGGCGGCCCCUCCGCACCGGGCGCCCAGCCUGGACUUCCUGCAGCGCUUUGCCACGCCGCUGACCAACCUGGACGCCAAGGUGCCCACCCAGAACCUGCAGUACUUCCCGCCCUCGGGGCCCCCGCAGCAGAGGGUGAUGAUGCGGGGCCCCUACCCCGGCUACGGCCCCAACGGCCCCCACCCGCCCCAGCAGCAGCAGCCGCAGCACCACCCCAUGGCGUUUCCCGGGAAGGGCCCAGGGUCCCCCGGAGGGGGCGACGUGGUCUCGCAGCCGCUGCCCCCGACGGUGGGGCAGGCCUUCGGCAGCUACAAGCAGGGGCCCUUCUACGGCCCCACCACGGCCGACCCCAACUACGCGGUGCAGUUCCACAACUUCCAGCAGCAGCUGUACGCCACCAACACGAGGAGCCAGCAGGGCGCCUCGAGCGCGGCGGCGGCCGGCCCCGCCUCCGGGUUCUUCGGCCCCAAGUGACGCUCCGCCGUGGCGACCCCCCCGUGCGCGCUCCGCGGUGCUCUGUACAUAGGACUCGGCGUGCCGGUGCCGUCGGCUCGCCCCCGCGUGCGCUGACUUUUGCUCAAGGAGACGGCGGAAGAGGCGUCGCGGUGUGCGCGGCGACCAUGGACGGACGUCGGUUGGCGCCAACGUGCGACGAGGACCGAGGCCGCCGGCGUGACGCGACGGGCCGCGGAAGCCGCGCGGCGGUCCCCGUCGUCUUCUCGUUGUGGUCGUGUUCUCUCCGUUUUUCUUACCGCCUUCCGAGGAAGCCGGUAGAGACCGACGACGGAUGUCCGUGCCAUCUUUUAUUCUCUACGUUUUUUUGUGGAAAGUGUUUGUUCCUCGCGCCGCUGCCACCCCUCCCGGUUGUCGGGCGCGGACGCGUUGUCGCCCAUUGUUAUCUCGUUUCGUUGGCCGUUGUUUCUUUCUCGCGUGAUUUUAAGACCCUCUCCUUCGUUUCUCAUAGCCUUCUUUUAUUUUCUCGUUUUCCGUUUUAAAACGAGCGCCGACCGAGCAAAGGCUCGCAUCUCGUCCCUCCCCGUUUUUUUUUUCUUUUAAGUUUCCGGACCUCCGUUUUUACGGCGCUCCGCUUUGGGCGCCACGUUUCGGGUUCGAGGUCCGUCACACGGUUGUGCCGGGGCUACGGAAAUUAGGACGUCGUGCGAAGUGUCACACGGGGUUGCUGGCCGAAUUUUAACUCCGGCCGUGCUAGAGAAUGCUGCCGUUAGAGUCUGGUUUCUAGGCGGCUUCUCGCAGCUUUUUAGUUUGUACAUUUUUCGUUCACAUUUAUUGGCAGCUUAGUGGUGCAGUCGAGUUCAACCGAAGUGAGUCGUUGCAUCGACUGGCCGAGAAGACAGACGAAAAUUGGGCUUUCUUUUUUUUCGGCGAAGUGAGGCCCAAAUACGCAACAUCAGCCGACCCUCGAAGCAGCUCGUAAAAUUACGGCUUCUGGCAACUUCUUUUUUUCUUCGUAAUUGGAUGGGAGGAAAUUCUGCUCAAUUUUACAGGACGCUCAAAAGAAGUUAGAGCGUGACGAGGACAAAGAAAGAGAGAACGAAAGAAGAAAAAAAAAAUCACUCAUCGCGUCGUUUUGUCCAUAUCCUAACUUAUUUACCAUAACGCGUUGCCAUCAGCAAUUUCCCCCCACCUCUCGUUUCGUGUUUCAUUUUCUAGACGUCUUCCUUUUCGCCGUUUUCCAUCGUUCAACAUGCAGCAUCGCAUAAAACGACACACGACGACGAGCGAGCGAACGUGCGCGGAGAGCGGAGCUAACCUUUUUCGAAACCCUCGCGUUCCUCAAACGUGAAAAUCCCGUCCAUGCGAAGAAGACGAAGCGGAGAGAGACAAGGAGAGAUUCCGACGGAAAAAAAAAAAAAAGAUAAAUCUCGAGAGAGACAUUGUCACCACCCCCUCUCCCCCUUUUGGUGUUGUCGUAGUUGCCGCGGAAACGCACCCUCUCCCCGAGACUCCCCGACGAAGAAGUAGCGCGAGGCCGAAGUGAGUUGCGCGACUCCCCCGAUGCAAGAUGACGCGUGCUCAAGGGACGACUAGAUGUUCUGCCCCGUUUGCCCCCCUUCCCUUGGCACCUGUUUUUAUAACGCAAUACGUACACCCCCUUUCCCCGCCUUCCCUCUCCCGCAUACACCCCUCCUCGUAAAACUUGACACAGGGUAGUGUGGUUGCGCGACGACGGGCCGUCCUCCUUGUCCGCGGCAGUGUUUUUUUGUUUUUUUUUCAUUUCUCACCGCAGCCGUGUGCCAAAUCCGUAGGUUUCUAACCUUUUUUUUUUCUUUUCGUUCGAGCACUUUUUUUUUUUUUGCCCGUUUGAGGAAUGUCCUUCGACUCAUUUUUGUAGGGAAAAAAAAAAAAAAACGAACAGGGGGGACAAAGACGAGCUCCGAACACGAGCUUAGCGUAGUUUCCCCAAUGUGCUACACGUAAAGGAAGCAAUAAUGCAACGAGCAAGAAAACUGUGUUGCUCGUUUUUCGCGUUUUCUUUUUACCGAGGGGAAAAAAAAAAAAGGCUUACCUCACGCGCGUCGUCGCCGAGAACCGAGAAGGAAUAAUUUAUGCCGUUUUUAAUACCCUUUUCGAGUUUAUGACUAAAUAACAAAACAGCUUCCGUAGGUUUUUUUUUGUUGUUUUGUUUUUCACGAUUUCUUUUCUUGUACAAACUGUAAGCAGGUGGUCUUUUCGUGUGUGACAAAAAAUGUGUCCUGUACAGCCGUGUUUCUACGUGUCGAAAUGUGUCGUCCGGUCUCUUUUUUCCACGCGUUCCGCCGCAAAAGCGUCGUGAGCACGCAGCUCCGUUCGGGUUUGGGGCUCUCGUGUUAAAAAAAUAUUCAACUUGUUUCGUUCCUUUUUUUUUUUUGACCAUCGAGUUUUUUUGUUUUUUUUGAAGUGUGAUACGUUUUGCGUGCGCCUGGGAACAUGUAUAAAAGUGUGCAUGAGCGUGUGUAUGUGAACAUGUGCGGGGCAAUGCCAGUUUGAUUUGCCCCGCCUCUUUUUUCUGCGCGUGAGAAGUGCGUGCGAAUGUGGCGUGCUCUUUGGAGAGGCGUAAUAAAGGUCUUUUUUUUUUGCAAA